AUGACACCAGCGCUGCGGCAGCAGCUAAACGUGGCCUUGCAGAACAUGCCUGGUUUGCAUGUAAGCGUCUCCAGCCUCAUUGGGGCUCUGGACCAAUGUUCUACUACAAUACAAGUGCAUUUGAACGAGGCGUGUGCUCCUGCAUCUUUUCAUGAUGAUGUUCCUAGUGAUGGGUUCGCCUUAAAAAUUGGCUGUGGGUCUCCAGGACGCACUGGGUGCAUGGAUGUGGCAGGUACUACAGUUCUUUUCAACCAGAUGUUCACGGGUGAUGUUAGCAUUUUGGAAACUAUGAGAGAGCUAAAUAUUCACGCAAUGGGCCUGCCAGGUGCCAGGCUUCAGAAAGACUUCGCCCUCCCUCCCUCCCUGAAAUGUGGCAUUUUCUGCAAAGGAGGGCCAUCAUAUGCAAGUGUCGCUGUCGUCUUCCGUGACAAUUUGCGUGAUUGUUUCCACCUCCUCACAGAUGUGGGGAGUGAUAGAAGAAUGUGGAUCCAGAUCAAAGUGGCUGGGGUUACAAAGCUGUUGUGGCUCGUUUUCUACUUGCCGCCUGGCUCGGAUCAGGAGUCUGAGGAAUCUUGGCAUGCAGAAAUAGACGGCCUUGAAGCCGACUUGCUCAACAUCAAGGCCAGCUUCCCGAAUCUGCCCCUCGUGUUAUCAGGUGAUGCAAAUGUACAGCCAACUAUGUUAGGAGGUGGCCCAGACAAGCUCUCACGACGCGACUUGAGACUAUCUAACAUUGUUUCACGUUUCAAUUUCCGGUUGGGGAAUCCUGCUGUAUCCCCGGAUAUAGUUGUUCCUGUUUCAUUGCCUUUGAGGGGUCAAGUCGUCCACGUGGCGCCAGGUUUCAGUGAGAACACAGCUGUUUGCCAAGCUUUGUCAGCAUUAAUCGAGCCCCUCUGCGCAUACAUUGAAAGGCUGCCGUGUUACAGCCGACCUCCAAGGCGUAUUGCUGAAUGGCUAGCUGACGCCAGCGCUUGCGUCCUGGCAACCAUUGAAGGGCUUGUCAGGGACGGCUGGGUUCUUGCUGCGCAAGUCCCAGUCACCAAGCGGAGGCGCCGGACCGUGAGUCGGAAGCCUCUUCUUGAAUCUUGGUUAGAUCUCAGAGACUGUUCAUCCAUCGAUGAAUGGUUUGCUUCAGAUGCGCAACAGCAAGCUGAACCCAUUCUGCAAUCUUGCCUAAAGUGGCUUAAGCCCCUUUCCCCUUCUCCUCCCCUUUCCUUAAGUGACCCCUUAACAAACGCAUCUUUCUCGCCAAGCGAGAGCCAUCAGCAGUGGAUCUUAGCGAUCAAACAGCAAUUUGCUGUGCCUUCAGGUUGGGAUCAAGAUUUCCACCAGAUCAUUGAACGUAAGGCUGCAGGCAUACUGGGCAUGGAACUGCGCGCAGUUGGCAAGGACCCAGCAGAUGUUCCAAUCUCACAAUCCGAUUGGCUCCUGAGCACUGCUAGCUGGGAGUCUUCUCCUGCCAUUACGCCAGAUCUUCUUCCCAGGUGCCUUUUUGAAGUCCCAGUCGAAGGCUGGUCCAUAUGCGCGUGGCUAUGUAUGCGACUUUGCGGGCCAGCUUGCCUUGCUGUACGCCCUGAAGUUUGGCGCUGGAAGAGAAUUAAGGCUAAUUACAAAAAGGGCCCUUCGGACUGUGCUGCCAGCUAUCGCCUCAUCACAGUCGUGCAGAACCACGGCUUGCUCCAGGAGUACAUACUUUUCUCCAAGGUGGCUGAGCGUGUCCAAAAUGCCAUCUCCUGCUUUCAAUCUGGUUUUGUAAAGGAUGUUGCUGACCCUCAUUUUUGUUUCCAUGAGAUCUGCAGUAUCUUCCUGGAGCGCCAUCAACCUCUUCUGGCCUUUUUUGCUGACUUGGUAAAAGCAUUUCCGCGUUCAUGGCGGGCUUCUCUCAGCACAUCAGUUCAUUCUCAAGCUGGCUUGCGUGGUGGCGCCAUGGUUUUAUUAGCCUCGAUACUCAAAAGUGAUACUUGGCUGCUCCCGCUGAGUGGCCUUUCAUGGGUUGAAGUUGUGUCAGGUGUACCUGAGGGAUGUCGUAUUGGGCCUCCUCUCUUCAAUUUUCUACCAGACACAUUGGUGACAUCGCUGUUGGAGAACAAAUGUGGUGUUUCAUGGACUCGCCCAAUGCCAAAAUGUUGGAAGCAGCACAUUUGGUCAGGCUCAGGCGCCCCGCACGCAGACACUACGCAACGACUACUAACGGCCAUUCAAUCAGGAUCUCCGCUGCCAACCGCCGACAUGCUGGCAAGGGAUCCAGAUCUGGAAGCAAGUGCAGCGCGAGCUUUGGAUCUCUCUGAUCCUUAUCGCAUUCCCGUCUUACUCCACGCCGACGAUCCGCUCUUCCUGGCCUCAAGCAAAGGAGAACUCAGGCGAAUGCUGCAAAUCAUUGCAGCGUGGUCAAAAAAGUACAAGGCCUGCCUACAUGUCUCCAACAGCAAAUCAGUUGUCAUGCUCAUAGCUGGCCCCACGCAAAAGGCAGUUUUCGAGCCGAAUGCUUUUUUCUUGUAUCAGUCCUUCACCAUGCCCGCCCCGGUCCCCCUGCAAACAGUUGACUCCCACAAGUGGCUGGGUUUAAUGUGGGAUUUUCAAUCCACGCUGGAGCGGCACGCCCUUAUGACCAUUGCAGCACAACAGUCCAAGGUGGCCAUGCUGGCAGGCAUGGUGCAAGGUGGAUCCUUACCCCUCUCAGUAGCGCUGCAUCUUUUUGAGAUAAAAAUCAAUGCCAGUCUACGUUUUGGGAGAUGGCUCUGGGGGCUGUCCCCGAUUUCCCGUGCAAGAUUGGAUGAUGCACAACGUGCCUGGGCAAGAACAAUUUUAGGAGCUGAGCCUUGGAGAAACUCUGCAGUAAACAUGGCGGAGCUCGGUUGGCACAUGACCGGAUCGGCGCAAUGUGUGCUGGAUGUUGCUUCCCGCAGAGCCAGACUGUGGAACGCAGCAGAUUCAAGCUUAGCAGGGACUGUGUUCACCAUGUGUGACUGCUUCGGCAGCUCCUGGACGACCAGGUCGAAGCUCCUGCUGCUCGAGUGGGGCCUCUUAGAUUGGCCUGUGUGGUGCUCUACCAGGCUCAUGGCCGAUCGUAGCCUCGAAGCUUACACGGCAUACUGUAAACUUCACCUCACUGUUUUGUGUCAAUCUAAGCUGCUUUCUGAGCUUAGCUGCCACACGGCUCCUGUGCUUUAUUCGUCCUUGCCCGAACCCCCCUUCAACUUUGCGCAGCAUCUUCCUUGGGAAGCCCUGCGUGCAGUGUUGAGCCUCGUCAAGUUUAGGGCGGGGCACCUGAGGCUUGGACAUGUGGAGGGCAAACCGUCGCAAGCCAAUGUGCAACAUUGCAUCGCCUGUGAACGCAGGUACUCUGCAGGAGCCUUGUGGCACCACGUCUGGCUCAAUUGUAGUUUCUUCGAGCCGGAGAGACGCCUCUUACGCCGCUCCCUUGGCAAGGAGCCGCAAGCAAAUGAGGUUUGGACGCCUUCUACGAGCGAGGCUUUUGCGGACGUUUUGCUCAUGGCCAAGACAAUCCAUGCAAAGCACAAGGUUUUUUGGAAACGCAUCUGA